GGCAUUCCUUCCCUCACUCUAUCACUACUACUGUCUCGACUUUGAUUCUUUCCACCUCUGAUACUGGGCUUCAUAAUCUUAUCUAUAUUACUUGUCUUUAUCUCUCGAGUUUUCACUGAUUGCUAUACUCUUGAUCGCCUUGCCGUGUCGUGGUGGUCUGGAUCGCCAUGAAGCUAUCAACCAGCUCGCUCAUCCAGAGCGCCCUCCUCUUAGCAGCAUAUUAUAUCCCAGUCACUGCAGCCUCGGACUCGGAAUCGCUCGCCCCCUGCGUUGCACGCUCUCCAACCACCGGCUUGUACUACGAUCUGAGCGCAAUCUCGUUGACGCCGCCCGAGUCGAAAGAUGGGGAGAAAACACACAAGGGAGGACCGGAGAGCUGGCACGCCAGAGGCCAUGACUAUCCGUCCAAUUUUACGAUAAAUAUAUGUGCGCCGGUUGUCGAGGAGCUCAAGGAUGUGGUGGGGGUUGAGAAGGCACGGUGGAAGAAUGUUAGUGCUUAUUAUGAGUUGGAUGGGGAGGUUUAUUCGAUUGGACAACAAGCAUCCGACCCCUUCUUCCGCGGCCGAAAACUGGUCCUCAAUUACACUGAUGGCUCGCCCUGCUCCAGUGAUUCCUAUUCUUCAGACGUUGAUACCCGAACCAAGUCCUCCAUCAUGUCCUUUCUCUGCGAUCGCGACGCCCACGCCUCUCAAACGGCUGUAUCCUACGUUGGUACAAUGGAUGAGUGCACAUAUUUUUUCGAAGUCCGGAGCUCAGUUGCAUGUGGAGGCAUGGCCCCGGGCCCGGAUGGCCAGGGACUAGGACCUGGGGGUGUGUUUGGCGUUAUUGCGCUGAUCGCCGUCGCAGUGUAUCUACUCGGAGGCUGCGCCUACCAAAGAACCGUCAUGCACCAGCGCGGCUGGAGACAAUGUCCAAAUUACAGUCUCUGGGCAGGCAUGGUGGACUUUAUCAAACGACUACGUCUGUAUAGACUGUCAAUAACCAUGUCUGGACAUUGGACUUUUAUCUCCCCUCUCCCCCUCUAUUAUUAGAUCUAACUGCCACUGUCACCGUUUCAAUCAUUGCACUCAUUUCUAAAAGCCAUCACUCCAACAAAACUAACAACUCUUUUUCAAACACAGGACAUGGCUAUUAUCCUCUUCUCAUCCCUAGGCAACAUCUUCCGCCUUAAACGACCCUCCAGCGGCUACGACCGAAUGAACGGGAACACAGCCGACACUCGUCGCGGCAACGUCGUCAACCGCGGAAACCGGAAU